CCAACAGUUCAAACCCUACUGUCAAGUGAACAACAAUAAUUGACCUGUUUUAUGAUUGAAACUAUGAAGCAUCACAGGCUGGUUUUAUAACUGAAACUACAGUAGGAGGGCUUUCGGACGCACCUAGGCCAUAAAACCCUGGACUCAAAUAAAGAGUCUGAAGGUCAGUACGUUCAACUGAACUAUUCUUCAUUUACGCCCUAACUGCACUGCCCGAGUGCUAUCUGGAUUUCCUGAAACUUGAUUAUGAACAAUCGCUCCAACAUGCAGGUUAAACCAUGUUUCAGCUGUUUUCUCCUGAUGUGCAUGUUUGCUUCUGCCAUGUCCACAGAUCCGAACCAACGAUGCAAUGAGCCUAAGAAUGAGGGGGAAGGGCAGAAGCAUGAACUGAGGUAUUUCUUUGAUGGAAAUGUGUGCACACCAUUCUUCUACAAAGGAGAGGGAGGCAACUCCAACAACUUUGACAGUGAUCAGAAUUGCACUAUAGCGUGUCUCCCUGAUCAAGCUCACCAGAAGUACCCAGAAGCAGAUGCGGUUUGUUCUCUUCCCGUGGACAACGGUGCAUGUUUUGCCAUGCACCUGAAAUACUAUUUCGACACGGAGGAAAAGAUUUGUCGUCUAUUUCACUAUGGUGGGUGCCAAGGCAAUGGCAACCGCUUUGACACAAAAGAAGAAUGUCAGCAAACAUGCCGAGGUAAAUCUGGAAGAUCACUGGGACAAGGCCCUGAUAUCAACCCUGAUGAAACCCCAGUUUCUGCAGGAUUGGUGGUGGGAGUACUAGGUGGAGUGGUGUUUGCCGUGGCGAUAUUCGCAGCAGUUGCCCUGUAUGUCACCCAGAAGAAGGGGAAGGCGAGGAAGAGGGUCCCAACAACAGAGAUGAGUGAGAUGUGAUGAGAGAGGGAAGAGGAACAGGGACCUCGGAGAGAACGGCGAUGGAGCUUGUCAGUGCUUAUCACUAUUCUGAUAGAUAUUUGCAAUUACUGUUAGUUUUAGUAUUUUAUAAUAAGUGAAUGUUUUAUAUAUUAUGUUUAGUUACUGCCCAUGUAAAUGAAAACAAUCAUGAAAGUAACAAAACUCUUGCUCAGCUGUUUGUAUAGUGUGUGACAGAAUGUUAUUUGUGUAUCACAAAAUGUACUUAGUGAUGGAAAGAAGAUAAUUUAUCAUCAUGACCAGAGGGGCUGCUCUAUGGCAUAUCUCAACUGUUUUUCAGUCAAAAAUUGCACUGUGAUAUCAUUUUUAUAUGGUUUAAUUUAACUGGUUGUGUUUGAGUCUGACGCAUUUUCUGUGUCAGCAAAGGGUUACUUCUGUGGUCAUACAGUGCAGAUUGUGUGAUGUGAACUCACCUUCCCAUCCUGCAACCCCUUACCCAUGUGCAGAGAUUGUCUCAAGACUUGGUUAUCAGAAAUUGUUGUUGUUUUUUUUUUUUUUUUUUGUAGGUUUUGUUUUUCUUAAUAGUCAAAUAAAUCUAUUUAGCUGUCUGAUCUUUUGACUACCCAGAAUGGCAUGUCAUUUUAACUUCAGAAUGGAGGUUUCAAAUGGUUUAACUUAACUGAUUGAGUUUCAGUUUGAAAUGUUUCCUUUGCUAGCUGAAAGCGAAACCUCUGUGUGAUGCACCAUGAUUGCAGGUUUUGUAUGAUUAAACCCACCUCUCACCACCCUCCAGCCCCUCGGAUGUAUAGAGCCUAGCUCUGUAAAAUGACAUGUUAAUACUCUUAACACAUUUUCAUUUUUGCUAAUCUGGAGAUGUUGCUUUCAGUCUGAACACUAAUUAAAAUAUUUUUCCAAACA